UUCUGUUCCUUUUCACUCAAAAGAACCCCAAACCCAAAGCCUUGAACCUGUUUAAAAUUUUGUAGUUGCUCCGAUCAUCCACAUUUGCCUUACGCGGCGAUUUCUGAUUGUACAAUUUCGUUAUGAUUUCGCCGGAGAUGAGGUUUCCGGCAGACGUUCAUCGGUUCCUAGAUUUAAGCAGUUUUGAUCUCUUAAUUUCCGUAGGUGACGUACUUACCUAGCCUAAAACCUAAUAGUAGCUGAAAACCCUACGCGAAAGCGAGCGUUACGUAGGAGAGAUUAGAAGUUAUUCCUUGUUUUGUUUCACAAAUCGGUAUUUAAAUAAUAGAAUAAUAUAUAAUAAUGCUAAUCUAUAAGAUAAAGCAUCAGUUUUGCAGGGUUUUCUAAGGAUUUAGGCGGAUUUCUUGGUUUUUGUGCCUCUUGGUUUGGUGAUCCGAUGGAUGAGAGACUAGUUCAUGUGCUGUGUUUUUACUAUUACAGCCAUUGGAAUUUUGUUUCGGGUUUGUAGUAUUGUGUGUUACCUAAUCAUUUCGAUAAGGUAUUACCAUCAGAAAAUUGAGGUUUUGUGAUAAGUAGUUUUCUUUAGGUUUUAGACUUUUAGGGGUUUUCUCUCCUAAUUAGAGGCUCAAAUUGAUAAUCUCGGAAGAAUAUUUGGUAUGCCUUUGACGAUGAAGAUACAGCCAAUCGAUUCAACCACACCGGAAUGUUUCGAGUCGGUGAAAACUGUGCCUAAGUCUCGGUUGAGGCGUCUCUUUGAUUUCUCGAGCUUUUUGAGAGGAUCGGCGGUUGCGGAUAGGUCCGUCGCCGGCGACUCGCAAUGCGGCAAAGACUGUUCAGAUGAGUUCGAGCCGAGCUCUGUCUGCUUGGACAAAAUGGUCCAGAAUUUCAUAGAGGAGAGCAACGAGAAGCAGUCUGUGGCCGGAACCAUCAAGUGUGGCCGGCACAACCACCACCAGUGCAAUUGCGUCAACGGCAACAACUUCUGCAGUAGCGAUGGUUCCGAGGAUGAGUUCGACUCAUUUAAUUGUUUCGGCAACUCUAACAACCACAGUUCGUCGACCGACGCAUGUGAUCUCCUUAAGAGUUUGGUGAUUUGCGAGACAGUUUCUGAAAGGAAUUUGUUGGCCGAUGUUUCUAAAAUCGUUGAAAAGAACAAGAUCUGUAAGCGGAAAGAUGAAAUCAGUCGUAAGAUCGUCGCCGAUGGCCUCGUAGCUUCCGGAUACGCCGUUUCUGUCUGUAAAUCCCGCUGGGAAAAAACUUCAACCUAUCCAGCAGGAGAAUACGAGUAUAUUGAAGCUGUGGUUGAAGGGGAUCGUUUGAUAAUCGACAUAGAUUUCAGAUCGGAGUUUGAAAUAGCGAGAUCCACGAAAAGCUACAAAGGUGUUCUACAAAUGCUCCCUCAUAUUUACAUCGGUAAAGCCGAUCGUCUCCAGAAGAUCAUCAACAUAGUUUCUGAUGCAGCAAAACAGAGCCUGAAGAAGAAAGGAAUGCCUUUACCUCCAUGGAGAAGAGCUGAUUAUGUAAAAUCCAAAUGGCUCUCUCCCUGUACCCGAAUCAUCAACAACACUCCCACUGAUAAUAAUAAUAAUAAUAAUAAUAAUAAUAAUACCCCAUCCAUGGUUAUGAAUGACCCGAUUUCAGACCCAAAAGACCCGAUUUUAAUGGAUGAAUUUGAAGUUAUUGGAGGCGCUACUAAAGAGGAGGAAGGUCUGAAAGAAUGGGAGCCAUUAGAGAUCAAACCGAAGGUACCGAAGACUGGAGGUAAAGUCGUUAGCGGUCUAGCUUCUGUGAUCGAAGGCAACUGAUGAUUAUAAUUACAUAUCGGGGUUCAAUUUGUCUAAAACCCAUUUUAAUCCAGAUUUUUCUUGAUGAAAAAAUGAUUUGGAUAAAGUGGGGUUUAGGGAACCGGUAUUUUUGACUAUUUUGUGUUUUGCUUGUUUUUGUUUUUGGGUUUUUUUAGUUCUCUUUCUGAGCUUUUUGGCACCAGAAAAAGAAAAAAGAAAAAGAAAAAGAAGAAGGAAGGAAGAAAGAAAGAAAAUAUAUACCGAAGAAGAAGAUAAGAUGGGUAGACUGAAGUCCCCUUGGUGUUUUUUUGUUGUAAGGGUCCAUCUUUACUAACUUUGCUUUUGAGUUUUUUUGAUAAAUAAUGAUAUAUAUAAAUAAAUAAACAGUUAAAUAGAAUAUUCAAUAGUAUGUAUCUUUAAUCUUUAAUAUAAUAGUAUUAAUAUGUCUACCUGAGCC